AGCAAAAUAAAUGAGAAACAGCAGAUGAAUGCUGUGGUAAUCAACUGCAGACUCGUCUGAGGAAUGGAAUCUUGGAUUCCUGACUGAAAUACUGCCCAUAGGGAAUGUUAGGAUUAAACAGGGAGAAAAAAAUCAGCCAUGGCAGUGCUGCCUGGGUGUGCUGAAGCACGCUGCUGCAGAGGACAGCCUGUAAAAAUAUCGUCCUGAUGCUGCUUUCAGAAUUUUUUGAUCCUAGAGCAUUUCAUAUUAGCAGCUCUGCUUUGGUGAGACCAAGGGAUGAUCUGGCACAGUGUCAGGUUGCUGGCAGGUGAUUUCUCUGGCCAGCUUUUAGCUUAUUUGAGUCUUGGUCCAAUAUUCAUUAUUGUUGGUUUUGUAACACUCAUCAUAUUCAAGAGAGAGCUUCACACGAUCUCUUUCUUGGGAGGGCUGGUGUUCAACGAGGGAGUGAACUGGUUAAUAAAAAAUGUAAUCCGGGAGCCUCGGCCGUGUGAAGAAGCCCAUUCAACAGUGACCACAAAAUAUGGGAUGCCAUCCAGCCACUCCCAAUUCAUGUGGUUUUUCUCUGUCUAUUCCUUUCUGUUCCUUUAUUUAAGAAUGCACCAAACAAACAAUGCGAGGUUUCUGGAUUUACUAUGGCGACAUGUGCUGUCCAUCUGCCUCGUCACAGUGGCUUUGCUAGUCUCAUAUAGUAGGGUUUAUUUGCUUUACCACACCUGGAGCCAAGUGCUAUAUGGAGGUGUGGCAGGAAGCAUCAUGGCCAUAGCCUGGUUUGCCUUCACACAGGAGAUCCUAACUCCCCUCUUCCCGAGGAUAGCUGCGUGGCCAAUUUCAGAAUUCUUUUUAAUCCGAGAUACCAGCCUCAUUCCUAACAUCCUGUGGUUUGAAUACACAGUCACGAGAGCAGAAGCAAGGAACAGACAGCGCAAGCUGGGUACGAAGCUCCAGUGACGGCAGUGAGGGGACCAGGGCGCGUUUAACGGAGACAGACAAGAGCAGAGACCUGGGAGCAGCAAGGAGCCUUUAAACAGACGGACCAAAGGAACAGGCAGGGACCAUACCCAAAACCUGAAAGCCUUUGCUCUGCUUUAGCAGCUAAGCUGGAUGCUCCCUGAUGCAUGUGGGACCGUGCAGGAGUAGAAACUCAUUUUGAACACAGAUGCACAUGGUUGGAUGUACCAUCGUGUCUACGUCAGGGGAGGGGGGAGAAAAUGCCUGGUGUCGUGUUCGGGGGAGGGAAAACCAAAAAUGAAUCCUUUCUGUGACUUUUUUUUUCAGCAUGAAAUAUACACACUAUUUAUUUAUUUUUUUAAAUGGAACUAUUGUUUAUGGGGUGGGUGAGGUGUUGAUUGUGUGUUUUGCUUUUUAUUUUUUUUUUUUUGGAAGAAGAUGACAAAACUAAUCUCAAGUUGAUCAUGUUUGAUUAGGGCUUUUAAUUCUUACAUGCUUCUUAGGAGGGAGGGGAUCUAGGAGGGAUGACCUAGACAGAAGGGAGAGGAAGACUUUCCUUUCUGCAGUCAGUUUGGGAGAUCAAAAUCAAUUCCAACUGUACUUUGUACAGACAGAAAGACCAUACAGAUCUGAUUUUAACACUAGUGACAGUUCUGCAGGGAAGCCUGCACGGAUACCAAUUAAGGGGAGUGUGUGUGUAAAACAAAGGAAAAACACAAAUAUACUGACUCUUAUUUUUUUCCACUGCUGCUCCUGUUGUGUAAUUAGCAAGAGUGUCCUUUUCAGAAUCUCUUCUAGGUGGCAAGAUUAUCAUACAUAUCUCACAUUUAUUCCAUCUCUUCCUUUAUACUUUGAUUAUCUCAGGGUUGCUGUGAUCUGUACAGCUUUUGUUGUACUGAGUGUGCUGUGGGCACUGGGAAGCCCCUUGGUUAUAAGCAGUGCUGUGCUCCAGUAAGAGUCAGCCCAAAGCCUUACAAAAUUCAGUUGCUGGUCUCUGUCUUAAGCACUGGAUUUUUUUUUUUUUUUCUGUUAAAGCUUAAGGGAGGGAUUUUUAAGAACGAACACAGUGACAACCACAAAUGAACAACAAGGCAAUUGAUUAAUAACUAGCUCAGCUGCUCUCUGAAUAUUCCUUGAAGAGUCCAUCCAUUAACUCCAAGCAGGGAACUUGUCCUAGCAGAGGCUCCUGCCAGUUGUCACAGUAGCUUGGUCGGGGUUCUGCAGCUGUAACCUUGAAUGCUGAACUCCUACAAGCAAGUUUUGCUUUCCAUCCUUCUUCCAUUGCAAUUCCCCAUGUGGGCAGUGAUGCUGUGUCUCUGUGGGAGUGUGCCUGCCAUCUCUGUGUGCUGGUGAUGCCUCCGACCUCCGUGACCCAUGAGUUGACCUGCCAAGGGCUAUACUCAAAGUGCUUCAGGGCUGUGCAUGGACACUUUCUGUAUUUCUGAUAUAUAAUGCAGCAGUUCAAGUGUAACUACAGAGAAGUAUUUAUUCAAAGCACAAUUGACUUGAACUUUCACAGAUAAAGGACAGCUUCUGAACUGGCUCAAAGGUCAUCGGUGUGCCUUCGAUGCAGUCAUGAGCAGAGGUAAAAUGACUGUCACAUCUCAGUCUUGCUGCCUGUUUUACUAUCUCCACUUUAAUCAGACUCCUGCAUUAUAAAGCUGCUUGAAGUGAGAUUUUUUUUUUUUCUGUUCAUCCUGGUUAUUUUUUCUUUGUAAGUUUUCAUCUGUGCCUGUUGCUAUAGGAGUUUGUGUUUGUGUGGAGUGGGAGCUGCUGUUGGACACCCAGAGUGUUAACUGUAGAAAGUGAUCCUGAUUCAAGAGAUCAGGAAUGAAGGCUGUUUAAAUUUGUGUUUAAAUAGCUAUGGGUAGUAAAUUAACUGUUUCCAGUUGGUACAGCAAGUAUAUACAUACAUUUUAAAGAACUGUUUAGUACUUGCAUAACAUAAGCAAUCCUGUAACAUCCAAAGGAGCACUGGAUCUGCUUUGAAGGUGCUUCAUAAUAAAGAGGCAGUUUGCAGCUUUCACAAGGACAUUUGAUCUGCCUUAGACCAGCUCUGUUGGGAUGAGACAGGACAUCAGAUAGGUCCCAUAUGGUGGUGCCAUAUGUUUCAGUUUGAACACUGGUACUUAUGUCUUGCAAAACCAUUCAUUUUCUCUUUAUAUCUCUUGUAAGUGAACUUACAAAGCCAGAACAGAGAUCACACCUCUCUUCCCCAAGGCUGCUGAAGGAGUGGAUUGUUUCAGGAGUGGCUUAGCAUUUCCCCAAGCCUCUCAAGCUGUUAUGACAGACUGCUGGAAAAAAUAAAUAUGGAAACACCUAUUGAGCAUAGGGAAGAGGGUUCAUCUCCUCACAGAGAGCAGUGCAGUGUAAAAAGCUGUUCCACUUCAAGUUGCCUUCAAACCCGAGCUUCCUAUAAUCAUUCUUAGGAGUGAGGGAGAGGAAGAAGAGCUCUUUUAAAACACUGUAAUAAACUCUCCUCUGUUCUCUGUGAGUUGUUUGUAAUCUGCAUCUUCUGCCUACUUUUGCUGUACCUUUUCAGAAAUCUUUGCAAUACUUGAUAUACAGUAGAGAUUCCUUAGUGAUUCCAUGGAUUUUCUUAACUAAAUGGUGCUGUGCAGGAAAAAGAUUUGAGCUCUGCCUUAUUAUCCUACACUUGUAUGCAGUCUCCUGCCACUAGUUUUCUGAAAUUGAAUAUUUUCUUUGGAAUGUGUGGCUUUGCAAGCAGAUGCUUUCUUUUCCUCCCCUGUACUCAAGGGGGCUGGAUGGAGAUAUGACAAUAAAAGGAAGGUGACAGAAUGCUGUGGUUCACUGUUCUUGCUAUCCCCACACAAACACUGUCCCAUUAAGGGCAGUUAUAACUUCUGCAGUGUUUAAGGAGAUUUAAGCCUUUUUGUAGCAUUUAUCUAUUUAUUGUGUCCCAGUUUAUUCACAGAACAUUUCCAAACUUUGCAUGACAUGGAUCCCACUACCCAAGAGUAUUUUACACAGCUAACCAGCAAAACAUGCAACACUACCAGGCUGUGUUAAAAAUUGCACUCAUAGAUCAAGAGUUAACUGAAUAUUUUCAGUCUAUGAAUUUCUGAAAUAAUUUGUCCCAAAUUAGUCUUUUUCAGGAGCUUUAGUUUCAUCUACUUAUUGUGCCUUUAAGACAAUGGACAUCUCUUGAUAAAACAAUCAGAAACAGGGAGAACAGUAUUCAGUAAGUCAACACUGAAAAAAUCUAGAUAUGAACCAGGACAUCACAUUUUAGAACUUGGACCAUAAGAAAAGACUUUUUAAAGGAAAAACCUUGUAAUGAUUUUAGUGUCUUUUAAAAAUCAGCCUCAUUCAUCUGAACUUCAGGUCUGUAUCAGUAAAGAUGCCUUAGGUGGUUUAUGAAUCUUGUGUCUCUUUGUCUGCUGUACUCUAGUACAGUAUCCCACAGCUGAAGCUAGUGGGAUCCUCAGAUUUAGAUCCAGAAUAGAUCAAUCCCAUCUUCUGAGGUACAGCCUUCAGCAGCACAUGCUUAUGCUCAGGCUUUAACAGGCACUUUGCUUUGAGAGCCUUCCCCUUUUGAGGCAGAAGUGGAAAAGGACCAGUCUCAAAUACUUCAGUGGCACUAGUUGUGCUUGAAGGCAUUGCAGCCAUGGAAAAAUAAUUCAUCCCCUGGCAACAGAGGCUGAUUCAGUAUGGGGGGAGGAUUACUUGGGCAAAAGGAAUAUUUUUUUUCCAUGUAAAAAGCUCCAUAAAUCCAAAUGUUAUUCCAGUAAGGUUUGUUCUUGUCUGUAAUAUUUACACAGUCACUUAGAGUUCAAUAAUACUGAGUGUCCUCUUGCAGUUUUCAGUCUGAUUGAUACUGAGGAGUCACCAGAGCAGGAGUUUGUGCUUGCAGGUCUGUAGUGCUCCUAUUCAUGUUUUUAGGCUGUCUCACUCCAUUCAGGAUUUUCUAAAAGAUCAACUAAAUCCAUGUAGAUGAUGUGAAAGUGGCAGUUCAAUCAAGUUCAAUACAAUCACUGGCUGUGCAGGUGAGUUUCAAUUAAAUUUUCCUCUUUUAAGGUUUGUUAUCUUAUUAGGUAUAAGAUAAAAGCUUUAAAAUAACAUCCUUUCAAGAAAAUAAAAAGCCAAAGCAUUGGCUUGUAUCUUUUCAGAAGCAAAUUAGAAUUAUUUUUUCUUCUUUACUUUAAAAAGCUUUAGUGCAAAUUUCUUCAUACAUGUUCAUCAAGGCACUUUGAUCAUGUCCCUUGCAAUUAUUUCCCUGUUAACAAAACAGGCCAUCACACUCCUAAUGCUUCUUGUUUAUGGUGACAUCCCAGCAGACACAUCUUGAAGAGUGUGCAAUUUAAAUACAGAAUUCCUACUGCAGAAAUAGCACUAGAAUUCUUUACUACCAUAUGGUUUUACUAAAUAAAAGCAUAGUCAGGAGCUUGGGUUCUGGCAGAUUGGUUGGAAGUAAUUCCUAUGCUACCAUUGUAUGUUGAUGUUUAUAUAUAAACUUUUACUGUCUCAAGUUUGUCAACUGAACAUAAAAACAAUAUCAUAUUAGAUCACUCACAGAAUAAAGCUGGCACAAACUGCAGUAAUAUCUCAGUUAGAAAUAACUCCCUGGAGUGGUAGAAAAGGUGCUGUCCUGUUACUGCAGGAACAGUGGCUGCCACAGUGCAGAAAGUAAUCUACAAGUCCAUGUGUACCCCAUUUUCUUCCUGUUUUUGAAGAUUUUCUGCCUUGUUACAGCAGAGUGAUGUGAAAGAAGGGUUUCUGCAGCUGUUUUUCCUUUGGCCUGUAACAGAUUUCAACUCUGUGGGCCAGGGAUGGAAGUAUGUUCUGGAGUUCCUUAUUUGUCCACAGCUCAGGCAUAACACUGUGCACAAAAUGCUGUUUCUGAAAGCAAGGUGUGAAACCACAUUAGGUUAAUGUGUGUGUCCUGAAGGACAUCAGGCACGUGGCUUGUUAGCAAACAGAGUCAGCAUCUUUUUCUUUUCCUCAGCUCCAAAGGAAAGUACAACAGAGCAAGGGUCCUGCUAAAUGCAUAGGCAAUCCCUUCUCAUCUCUGCAGAUGUGGAGGUACAUAAAGCCAAAGCUGGAAAAACUUACAUGAGGAGAGUGGAAAAAGCUUUAGGCUGAGCUGGAAGAUCAAUGGUAAGACCAUGGCAGGAAGCUUCACAAAAAGCCCAGAGCAAGAACAACAAAAAUAACCUGAAACAGU